UCACAGCCGCCCUCAUCUGGACGCCCAACACCCAGUCACCCAAAUAUAAAAAGACACCAGCAUCAGGACUGGGCACACAUCAUCUUACAGAAGAGAGAAGAAGAUGUCUGUCCUUCUUUCCCUUGUAGUCGUGGUCUUGGUCAUCCACCGUCUUCAGUCUCUCCCAGGCACCUGGCCGAUUCAUUACCACUUUGCCGAAGCAGGGGGCGACAUUGUCCUUAAUUGUUCGCUGAAAGCGGAGAAAAUAAUCUGGAAACUCCCAGGUAAAGACUGUUCAGAAGGCUCGAAACAGCAGAAGGCGCUCCGCCUGCACAAAGUGAAGAACCGCUGCGGCGGCCUCUACACCUGCGCCAACGUCCACAACCAGAACCAGAACCACUCCCUGUAUUUGCUCAUAGAAGGUCACAGUCCCUUGUCGUUCUCCUGCACCGUGGACUCUUACACCAGCCCCGAUCUCCGCUGUUCACUGACUGAAGAACUCAGCCGCCCGAGCCUGAUCAGAGUGAAGUCCAACAGAUCCAACAUGGACCAGGAGUGGACGGAAAUGAAGAUCCCAAAGGACGGAGAUCAUCUCUUCAAGUUCAACGUCUCUCUUCCGGGUUUCUGCCCUUUUGAGGAGCAGGUGGAUCCCAUCACCGUGUAUGUGGAGUUCAUGUCAAAAAGUCACGAAUAUAUCAAAGGACACAAGUCCUUCUACCUGAGGGAUAUCGUGGUGCCCAGGGCUCCAGAGAUUGUUGUCACCAAAGAGCAGAUCAUCUGGUCAAACCCUUGGACCCAUCACCCAUCCUUCUUCCCCAUGCAGUUCCAGCUCAGUGCCACCUUUCGCAACAACACUGAUGUAAAUCUGACCACAGAGGAGCAGAAGUACAGAGUGAAGGACGUGACAAGAUUCAGUGUACGCUGCAGAGACCGUCAUAAGGCUUCAGAAUGGAGCGCCUGGACCACAUCGCAGAUCUGACCAUCCACCUCUUGAUACAGAGGCCACACAGGCUUUCUAGAUCAUCUCCUAUAUUUAUUAAUUUUUGUAUAUACAGAUGUCCAGGAUUUUUUGCAUUUGUUCCUGUGUCUAAUAAAGAUCCCUCUGAUAUAGGAGGAGGUCUCAGUGUCUCGUUCUUGU